UGACGCGUGCCUUCCACCACCAACUUACUACAUACAGACAGCAAGACUGAUAAAGGUCGUCCCUCAGCCUUUCCACCCUUCUCACGAAGUUCAAACAACUGAAUUUCGUUUUUGGUGGGCAGCCUUCGGUGCCAGUGAUCGAUUCGGAACACACCACGGUAUCUCAGGCAGCAUCAUGGCCUCCCGCAUCAACUUGAUCCAAUCGCAGCGCGGUUUGGCCGCACAAGCGGCCACCCAAGCGGCCAAGCGCACCGCCUCUCAACUCGGACCCGUGGCUCAGUCCACCCAGCUCUCCUCCGGUGUUACCGUGGCCGCCGUGGACGUGCCCUCCCCCCUGGUUCACUUAGGUGUGGCGGUUAAAUCGGGCAGUCGUUAUGAGACUUAUGAAAACCAGGGUGUGGCUAAUGCCAUGCGUGUGGCAUACGGAUUGUCCACUCAAAACAUGGGUGCCGUAACGCUCAAUCGUAGUAUUGGUCAAAUGGGGACGAGCUUGAUGGUCGAACAAGACCGAGAAUACACGCUGUUUAAAACCGUGGUCUUACGGGACAAGGCCCCAGAAGCUCUGGACUUUCUUUUGGAGUCGGUGGCCCACCCCAAGUUUAAGCCUUGGGAGAUCAAUGACCAAGUGUUUGACUUGAAGGAUCAACUCCUGCCCACGAAUCCUUCGUUCAAGCGGUACUUCACCCGUCUUGAGGUCGAUUUGGCGUUGGCUACCCGGAAGGAUCGAGUAGUGGACUUGCUCCAUAAAGCAGCUUAUCGACAAGGUUUGGGCAAUUUCCGUUGGGCUCAGAAGUUUGCCCUGGGUCGACACGACUCGGCCAUGUUGAAGGCGUUCCACAGCCAAACCGUGACCGCCCCUCGUACCUCGGUCUUGGCCGUCGGGCUCGAUGUGGAGACAUUGGCUUCCAUGAGCCAAACGUUGAGCUUGGAAAGCGGUUCAGGCCCAUCCAAUCAGGCUCAAUACUACGGUGGUGAGCAACGUGAAGAUGACUUGGGAAACCAGACCGUGGUGGCUUUGGCUGGCCAGACUUGUGGCUUCUCCGGUAAGGAAUCGGGUGCCAAUAUGGUCUUGGCUCAUAUCCUCUCAAGUCAGUCGAUUAAGCGAGGCUUGGGCGUGGGAAAACUGGACAAAGCCGUGGGUGAAAUUGCGAAGGUCAGCCUGGUUCAGCAUGUGUACACCGAUAGUGGUCUCUUGGGCGCUUUGAUCGAAUGCCACCCCAACCAAGCUGGCGAAGCGAUUUCCUCGCUUGCCGCUACUCUGCGAUCGGGAGAUGUGACCGCUGAGGAGGUGAAUGCCGCCAAAGCAACUCUUUUGACGAACUCGCUGUCCUAUUUGGAAUCAGGGGCCAAUCGCUUGAGGAGCAUGGGAUGGCAAACGGCUGCCUUGGGAUCCACGAGCGUGUCAGGAGAAGAUGCCUUUGCCACUAUGAUCCAGUCUGUGUCGGUGGGCGAUGUCCAGGCUGCGGCAAAGAAGCUGUCAAGUGGGAAACUCUCCAUGGGAGCUGCGGGUAACCUGUCGCAAGUGCCCUAUUUGGAUACCUUGUAAAAUAAUGCUAGCCCACAUCGUUUUGCAUUAUCCAUUUGAAAAUAAGUCUCUUCCAUGUUCUAAUCUACAAAGGGUCCCGAACAAGACUCUUGUUGUGAUGAUGGGCGUGGAUAAGAUUACAUGAAACUUCUACUUUUGUUUGUUCAUUUAGCUCUGAGAAAAGUUAUUACGCGAAAGAUAACCAUGGAGACAGAUGUGUUCGGGAUGACUUCCUGCCUAAUGCGAAACAACAGAACACUUACUCGCUUUGGUUUUGUCAACUACCACAAAAACAUGUGUUGACUUGGAAAUACAUAAAUAUAUCCCUUUUG